GACAUUGAGUGGCGAGUGAAGUGAAGUUAGCGUCUUUCCGCUUUCCGCUUUGAGCUUUCGACAGAUGGGAUCGGAUUGGCUUGGAUUUAUUUUCUGUACGACUAGGUUCACUCGAGUGCCAGAAGGCUUUGCGUUGACAAUCGUGUCAUAAAUCUUUUGGGCAAAUAAACACGUCUCCGGCAAAUGGGGCGGGUGUAUGUUAAGUGGGUGUUUUGUGUGUAUUUUGCUUUUGUUUUUUUUUUUUUUUUAAUAGCUACCAACUCUGUGUAAAUCCAUCAAUAUUUGCUGAUACUGCCGACAUAUGCAUAUGCUUUCGCCCGAGUUGCUACAAUAGAUCGGCUACGUCAGUCGGCUCGAGUUCUGGAUCUAGGAGUGCGUCAAACUCUCGGCGAUCAGCUCCCUCUCUUCUGGGGAGUCACCUGUGGCAAGACCCCCGGACAAAUAAUAGAGCCGGAAUAAUGAAUGGCAGUGAAUGAUAUCGCGGUGAGUGGCGGUCCUAUCUCCCGAAGCUUUUCGGCCCUCGUAUAAAUGUUGGCAAUACAAUGGCGUUUGGGCUUAGAACCAUUCUGCCAACCCAGCAGUGCAGACCUAGGAAAAAUUAGAACAAGCAUGAGCCAUAAACCGGCAAAGGGCCCUCGCCUGGGCGUUCGUCACCUGCAAUCGUUUCUACUGUUCCUCGGACUUACCGUGAUGCACAUCGCCCGGCUCAACGUGAGCGUGGCCAUCGUGGCGAUGACCAAUGCGGCCACCACAAAUCCCAAUUUUCCGGAAUACAACUGGAAUGAGAAACACAAGUCCUACAUCCUAUCCAGCUUCUAUUGGGGCUACAUCCUUACCCUCUGUCCCGGUAGCUUUCUUUGCCGUCGCUAUGGCGCCAAGGUGGUCCUCUUUGUGGCCUGCUUCGGUACCGCCGUCUUCAGCCUGAUGACCCCCUGGUGCAUCACCUGGGGCGGAUGGCAAGUGUUCUGUGCCAUUCGCAUUGUCCAGGGCUUGUUCCAGGGCGUGAUCUUCCCGUGCGUUACCGAACACUUGGCCAUGUGGUCACCGCCAGAGGAGAGAAAUCGGCUGGGUGCUUUCAGCUAUACAGGCACGGAUUGCGGCACAGUGUUGGCCAUGUUCAUCAGUGGCAUGAUAGCCAAGGGAGCCAUGGGUUGGCCCGGAAUAUCGUAUGUUUCUGGAUCCCUUUGCGCCGCCUGGUGCUUCUUAUGGCUCAUCUUUGCGGCCAAUAAUGCAACGGAAUCUAGAUUUAUUGGCGAGGAAGAGUGCAAAUACAUUGAAUCCUCUCUCGAGCAUAACGAGGACUUCCAUGAACGAAACAUACCGAUUCCAUGGCGGGCGAUCUGGACCUCGGUACCCUUUCUGGCACUCCUGGUGGCCCGCUGCUCGGAGACCUACGGCCUGAGCACCCUGCAGGCGGAGAUACCCUCGUACAUGAACGGAGUCCUCAACAUGGACAUCCAGAGCAACGCCGUGUUCUCAUCGCUACCCUUCCUGGCCAUGUGGCUGCUGUCCUAUGUCUACCUCAUUGCCGCCGAUGUCCUGCUAAAGAAGAAGUUCCUGUCGCUGACCUCUGUGCGAAAGCUUUUCAACACCCUCUCAUUCUGGAUUCCUGCUGGCUGUUUGAUUGGAAUCGGCUUCCUUAACGAAGACCACAAGAAGCUGGCUAUCAUUCUGAUGACGGUGUCGGUGGGCAUUAAUAGUGGAGCAACCAUUGGCAGCUCCCUGAACUCCAUCGAUCUGUCACCGAAUCAUGCUGGCAUUUUGAUUGGAUUGAGCAACACGGUGGCGAACGUUAUUCCCAUCCUCACACCACUGAUUGCCGGAGUGAUCGUGGCCGAUAAGCACAAUCGCGGCCAAUGGCAGAUCGUCUUCGGACUGGCAGCCGUCAUUUUCUUUGUGGGCAACGUGGUCUUCCUCAUCUGGGGCACCGCCAAGGCGCAGCCCUGGGAUGCGGACGACUAUCUAAAGCCCAAGGAUGCAGAGUCCGCGGCCAGUGAGAAGAAGAAGGAGAAGACAUCGCCGGCGGAGAUAGCACCACCCAUAGAUCCGGUGCUGGAGCAGCAAAUCACCUGGCCGGAGAGGUACACGGCACGGGCUGUAGAGUGAUUUGUGGCGGAAGUCCAGGGCACUUGUCGAUCCGAACAAUUGAUUUUAUAUAAUCAGUAUUAACCAUAAGUAGGCUGUAAUUUAUAUUUAUUCUAUUUAUAAGGCGUGAUGGUAGCGCGAGACUUAAGUAAAUUAUUUUCAAUCGGAUCACUCGCUUUGUUCUGUUACCAAUCGCUUGUGAUUUCGGGCACUCCAAUCGAGGAGGAACCCGAGCCGGAGCACGAAUCCAAUCGUCCAGUGCAAUCUAAUCUGUUAAUUUAUCUUUUAAAUGUAUAUAAGUACGCAUAUUUAUUUUUUGGAUUGGAACUCAUGUGGCCAAUUGUCAAUGGCUGGAACUAGAGUUGAGGUUGUGUGAAGUGUUUUGCACUGCCUAGCCUCUCGAUCUCUCCCUCUCUCUCAUGAUGGGUUCAAAAACAAUUGCCACAGCUGUUUGUGAAUAUAUGAAUAUAUGAAAUUAAAUUGUGAUACUUGUGAUAACUUAGUAAUAAACUGUUGAAUUGUU